UCUGAGAGAUCCCCAAAAUCUCAUAAUAUUUGUGUUUUUUUUCUCUGGGGAAAAAAUGUCUUCGAGUGUUGCUGAAGAUGUGGAUUCUCUCGGUCUGCAAUCUUAUAGCCGCAAGGAGAAAUCUCUAGGGGUUCUAGUCUCCAAUUUCUUGAGACUAUAUAACCGAGACGAUGAUGAUUUGAUUGGGCUCGAUGAUGCCGCUGGUAAACUAGGCGUUGAACGUCGGCGUAUAUAUGAUGUGGUGAAUAUAUUGGAGAGCAUUGGGGUUGUGGCAAGAAAAGGGAAGAAUAAAUACUCGUGGAAAGGUUUUGGAGAGGUUCCUCGGUCUCUAGAUGAGCUCAAGGAUGAAGGAAUGAGAGAGAGGUCUGGUAUCUCAAGUGUCAGCAACUCAGACAAGGUCUCAAAUGAUGAUGAAAGAGAAGAAUCUUUCAGUUUAACACCUGACGAGUCAUCACUCUCUAAAAUGGACCACAAGAAGGAGAAAUCUCUCUGGCUUCUCUCGCAGAACUUUGUGAAGAUGUUUCUUUGCUCUCGGGAUGAUCUCAUCACACUGGAUAGUGCUGCAAAAGUCUUGCUGAGCGACUCUCAAGAUCCAAUGCAUAUGAGAACUAAAGUUAGACGACUUUACGACAUUGCAAAUGUGUUUUCCUCGAUGGAUUUAAUCGAGAAGACUCAUAUACCAGGGACUAGGAAACCAGCAUAUAAGUGGUUGGGGUCCAAAAGCAUAAUUGAAAAAGGAUCAAGCUUCUUUAAAUCCAGUGAACCGAAGAAGCGGGUAUUUGGAAGAGAUCUCACAAACUUAAAUUUGACAACAAAGAGAAACAAAACAGAUUGUUCAUCAAACCACAAGCAAAUUGGAUAUAAGAAAUAUGAUGAGGAAGACACUGAGCAAGAAACGAAACCAGCUGCAAAGAGCUAUGUGUUUGGCCCAUUCUCACCAACAUGUGCAUCUAAGAGCAAGAGCAAUGUCGGAACCAACAAUAACUUAAGGUUACAAGAUCUCGAGGCCCUUGCUUCUACCUACAGACCACAGUAUUGUAAUCAAGAAUUAAAUGAUCUUUUUGGUCAUUACAAGGAGGCAUGGAAAGCAUGGUAUGCAGAGCUUGAUCGGAAAUAAACAUUUCGGAGCCUUUUUUUGCCGAGUGACUUUGGUCUAAGUGGACUCGUUCGUUCCAUCCGGAUUCGAAUUCGUUUUCCCUCCUGAACUUAAUAUAAAUGUUUAUUCCUUUUGAUUUUGGU